AUGGUGAAAGAAACUGCAGGGAGAAAGUGUUCUCAUUGUGGACAUAAUGGUCAUAAUUCGAGAACUUGUCACGUGAAUGUGAGGAAUUGUAACGGGAAAGGAACGAGUGUGAAGAUUUUCGGUGUUAAUAUAAGUGGUAUGGAUCAAAAGCAAGAAAAUCCGAUGAAGAAAAGUUUUAGCAUGGGAAAUCUACAAUCUCAUGCAGAAAACAACGACCGCGUUGCCGAUGAUGGUUACUUUUCCGAUGGACAUAUUCAUUCUAAGAAACACAAAACCUCCCAUGAAAGAACCAGAGGUAUAUUUUUACAUUAUGAAACGAAGCCAUGGACGGAGGAGGAGCAUAGGAUGUUCUUGGAAGGUUUGAGAAAGCAGGGGAAAGGUGAUUGGAGAGGGAUUUCAAAGAAUUUCGUUACAACGAGGACCCCAACACAAGUUGCAAGCCAUGCACAGAAAUAUUUUCUCAGACAAGCGGUGAAUGACAAGAAGAAACACAGGUUUUCUACAUAUUAUUAUAUGAGCCUGGGGUUUCAACCACCCAUGGCUGGCCCAAGGUUUUCAGAAGCAAAGCUGAUGGCGUCUUUACCAUUGAUGCAUGUAGGACCGGUUAAAGGCUCGGGAAAUGUAGCUCAUCCCUCUGGUAUACCUUCGCCAAGGUCCAUGUUUCGAGUUGCCCCAUCAACAGAAAAAGAUCUUCUGGAGCUGAAGAUCGGCCCCCCUCAAUCACCUAAAAAUACUACAAGUCUACCAUCUCAUGCAUCCAUUAGGGUGAUUUGA